AUGGCUGCUCUGCACAUCCGGACAUCGCCAGGCGAGUCUCUCCACUUCUCGAAGAACCAAGAGCCACUACGGGACGACACCGCGGUUUACCCACGGCCCGAGUACAUGAGUCUAUCAUCUGCCUGCUCAGCUUUCCCCCAAGUUUCACGAGUGUUUCCUGCUGUGGUACAAAGUCAUUCUCCUGAGGAGUUGCACCACAAGCCAAGCCGCUCAUCAUUCGCCUAG